UCAUAUGUUCAAAUUGCUUUGAGAAAAAAGAACAAAGGGCUCUAUGUCAGGGUUGUAUAAUCCCAACUUCUCUCCUGCCAGAGCUGCCUCUCCUCAGAUUAGAACCACUCCAGAUGUUGACAGUCAGUACUUGUCAGAGCUGUUAGCUGAGCAUCAAAAGCUUGGACCUUUCAUGCAAGUGCUUCCGAUAUGCAGCCGACUUUUGAAUCAAGAGAUUUUACGGGUUUCUGGAAUGAUGUCCAACCAAGGUUUCGGUGACUUCGAUAGAAUGCGGCAUAGAAGUCCUAGUCCAAUGGCUUCUUCAAACCUUAUAUCAAGUGUUACUGGAUCAGGAUUGGGUGGUUGGAAUGGAAUUCCUCAAGAGAGAUUAAGUGCACCUCAUGGGAUGACAAUGGACUGGCAAGGUGGUGCACCUGCGAGCCCUAGUUCAUACACAGUGAAGAGGAUUUUACGCUUGGAAAUUCCUGUAGACACUUACCCCAACUUCAAUUUUGUUGGGCGACUUCUUGGACCCAGAGGUAAUUCUCUGAAACGGGUUGAAGCUACUACAGGCUGUCGUGUAUACAUCAGAGGCAAAGGAUCUAUCAAGGAUCCAGACAAGGAGGACAAGCUAAGGGGAAGACCAGGCUAUGAACAUCUGAGCGAACCCCUGCACAUCUUGAUUGAAGCCGAUUUACCUGCCAGUGUUGUUGAUAUAAGGCUCAGACAGGCUCAAGAAAUUAUUGAAGAACUGCUCAAACCUGUGGACGAGUCGCAAGAUUAUAUAAAGAGGCAGCAAUUGCGGGAGUUGGCUUUGAUAAAUUCAAAUUUCAGAGAAGAAAGUCCUGGGCCAAGUGGCAGUGUAUCUCCUUUCAAUUCAAGCGGAAUGAAACGUGCCAAAACAGGUCGAUGACUGCUUGUUCUAAAUGUUUGCUACUCAGUACUUGACCCUGUGAUCAUGUCUGAGAAUGCCUUGCAAUACACAUUUCCAUCAGCAUGGAUAUAAAAAAGAUAGACUAAAAGUUCUUGCUGGUGAGCUUUCUGGUGGUUUUUGUUUGUUUUGUUUUUCUCUCUUUUUGGAACUACAGACAGACAAAGACCCAAAGAACAAAAAAACCAAAAACCAAAAAAGAAAGGAAUUUAUAUAGUUGGCUCUUGAGCUUUAGGUUUGGUUAAGUCAGUUUUUUCUUUGUAAACUUAAUACAUUCAUUGGAUUUAUUCUUGUGUUUAGUUACUUCUGAGAAGUGUGAAGAUAUAUAUUAAUUGUGCAACCAUUUAGAGCUUAAGACAGUGAAUCGAGUUUUGUAGGUUUGUCGUAUGGCA